GUCGAGCGCAGAAUCCCCGCAGCCCCCGUCACGUGACGCUCCCAACGUCACUCCGGCCGAGGAGAGGGAAAGACGGCGAGAGUGGGGGAAAGUUGGCCGCCAUUUUUUCUCCCUCGACGGACGAUGCGGCGGAGCCUUCGCCCCGCAGCCGGGCCCUCGCUGGCGCUCCUCGCGCUGCUGUACGGACCCCUGCCCGGAGCUCUGCCCUCCAAGGUCCCCGCAUACGAAUGCGGAAGAAGGCCUCUUGUGGAUGAGACAGCAGAAGGAUCUCGGAUUAUAGGUGGACAUGAUGCUCAGCUUGGGGCUUGGCCAUGGCAAGUUAGUCUACAAGCUCAACCUGCUCCUCGAGAAUCUUUUUACCAUAUAUGUGGUGGAUCUUUAAUUAAUAGCAACUCAGUGCUGACAGCAGCACACUGCAUUAAAGUAAAUAUGAGUCCAGAAUCUUGGAGGGCAGUGAUUGGCUUGCAUCAUCUGUAUAAACCCCACUCUCGUACUGUAAUACAGAAGGUCAGCACUAUCACAAUCCAUUCUGACUUUGAAUGGGGCACCUUUGAAAAUGAUGUUGCCUUGUUUCAACUUGCCAAGCCUGUCAAGUACAAUGACUAUAUUCAGCCCAUCUGCUUACCUGACACUCCUCCUCUCCUGUCUCAUGAGACCUCGUGUUACAUAAGUGGAUGGGGAAGCACAUAUGAACAUGGCCAAGCUGUACGUAUAUUACAAGAAGCUCGAGUCAACAUUAUUCCACAGCAAAUCUGUAACAAAUUUGAUUGGUAUGCUGGGGGAGUAUCAUUGAAUAUGCUUUGUGCUGGUACUGAAAAUGGGAGUGUCGAUAGCUGCCAGGGAGACAGUGGUGGUCCUCUGAUGUGUUCUUUCCUAGAUGACAAGUAUUAUCUGGUAGGAAUCACCAGCAGUGGUGUUGGUUGUGGCCGACCACAAUUACCGGGAAUCUAUAUCCGUGCAGCAAAUUACAGAAGUUGGAUUGAUUCACAUGUAUCUGACAACAAAACCACCACUGUGAGCAUUCAGUUUGUCCUGAUCUUUUCAACUGCUGGAUGGGUAACUUUCCACCUCAUUCUCACGAUGCGGCGUUUUAGUGGGCCGGCUGCUGGCUGGCUGGCGCUGCUCCUGCUGCUGCUGGGCGAGGCUACUGGCGAGAACCCCUCGGCCGGGAUCUCUCUAGAGAAAUGUGGAACCAGGCCACUUGUAGAUGAGACCACAGAGGAAGAACGGAUUGUAGGUGGACAUGACGCUGAAGUUGGAAGAUGGCCUUGGCAAGUUAGUCUUCAAGUUCACCAUACUAAUGGAAGAUACCUUCAUGUAUGUGCUGGAUCUUUAAUUGAUUAUGACUCCGUGCUAACAGCAGCACACUGCAUUCAAAACAGGACAACACCACAGCUUUGGAGGGCUGUGUUUGGCUUGCGUCGACUUUAUGGAGACAAGAUUCAUUCUGUAAACAGCCAGGUGAUGAAAAUCAUGCCCCACUGUCGUUAUGAUGCAAGAAGUCACGUAAAUGAUAUUGCCUUGUUUAAAUUAAGCCAGUUUAUCACAUACAAUGACUAUAUUCAGCCCAUCUGUUUACCUAGCACUCCUCUUCUCCUGAGUGACAGGAACCCAUGUUAUAUAAGUGGAUGGGGAUUGACAAAAGAGAAUGGUACACCAAGUUAUAUAUUACAAGAAGCUGAAAUAAAAGUUUUUCCACACGAAGUCUGUAAUAGUUACGAUUGGUAUAAUGGACAACUAUCAAGGAAUCAGCUUUGUGCUGGCUCUGAAAGUGGACAUGUUGACACUUGCCUGGGAGACAGUGGUGGUCCUCUGAUGUGUUAUUUGCCAGAUGAUGACAAGUUUUAUCUGGUAGGAAUCACCAGCUUUGGUAUUGGCUGUGGUCGACCAAAAUUACCAGGAAUCUAUAUACAUGCAGCUAAUUACAGAAGUUGGAUAGAUUCACGCCUACUUGGCAAAACCUCCAUUGUGAGCAUUCCAUGUGUUCUGAUUUUUUCAACUGUGGUGUGGGUAACCAUUCAUCUUGUUCUGUGAACAGGCAAACUCUGCUUCCAUUGCACUUUUAAACUCAAUUAUUUCCUCCUGCAAAUCUUUACCAAAAUUCAAUAUUUAACAGUUACUAUGCUUUAUAAUCUACUUUGAAUUGACAAAUUCAAAAACAAGUUUUAUCUGCAAAGAUAUAAACCCAGAAACACUGUUCAUUUAAUUUCCUUUAUGAAUCGCUUCUCAUAAAGCUUCCCAAAGCGAUUUCACAAUAAAAAAUAUGUAUAUACAGACUGGUUUAUCCAUGCCUCCCCUUGUUAUGCUGCUUCCAUCAUCCUCCUGGAAAAACCCCCCCUGCUCUUUAGUGUUCAAUUGGAGCGAGCAGGAAUCUGGGUUUCCCCCAGAUUGCCAUUUGUUCUGAUAUAUCACUAAAGAGCGGGUUUUCCCUUGGAAAGGGGAAAACUCCAGUCAAGCGGGAAACUGCCAGGACUUGUGCUUUCUAGGCACAGCAUAUGCGGAAUUUACAUAUAUGUAUAUUUUACAUUUUUUGAUGGGUGGGGUAUAAAUAAUAAAAUCAUUAUUAUUAUGUACAAUUUUAAAAGCUAUGGUAGUAAGAUCAGUGGUAGCUAAUAAAUAAGUUGCCUGUGUUUAGGACCAAGCUUUAUCAGUACAAGGGGGACUGGUUUGUUGAGUGAUACAUUAUUGUUUCAGUGUUUUAUCACACACUGUUGUAAUUUAUUGUUUAAUACUGAUGUGAACUGUUCACAAGUGCUUUAU